CUCCAAUCACAUCAACACCUGCUUUCUCCUGGGUGCACCUGGUGACUCAUUUUCCUUUGGUUGAAGCCGGAGGUGUUCCUGGGGAGAUGGCGGAGCAGCACGGAACGCCGGAGCAGGCUACAGCUGGCAAGAGCCAUGGCGGCCUUGUGGGCAACUACAAGGUGAUCGUGUACGAAAUGGAGAACUUCCAGGGCAAGCGGUGCGAGCUCUCGGCCGAGUGCCCCAACCUGACGGACAGCCUGCUGGAGAAGGUGGGCUCCAUCCAAGUGGAGUCGGGGCCGUGGCUGGCGUUCGAGUGCAGGGCCUUCCGUGGGGAGCAGUUCGUCCUGGAGAAGGGGGAUUACCCUCGCUGGGACGCCUGGUCCAACAGUCACCACAGUGACAGCCUCCUGUCCCUCCGGCCUCUGCACAUUGAUGGUCCGGACCACAAGCUGCAUCUGUUUGAAAACCCCGCUUUCAGUGGCCGCAAGAUGGAGAUAGUGGACGACGACGUGCCCAGCCUCUGGGCCCAUGGCUUCCAGGACCGUGUGGCGAGCAUCCGGGCCAUCAACGGGACGUGGGUUGGCUACGAGUUCCCCGGCUACCGCGGGCGCCAGUACGUGCUGGAGCGCGGCGAGUACCGCCACUGGAACGACUGGGACGCCAGCCAGCCGCAGCUGCAGUCCGUGCGCCGCAUCCGCGACCAGAAGUGGCACAAGCGGGGCUGCUUCCUCAGCAGCUGA